AUGUCGAAGGAGGAGUAUUUUAACCUUCCAAUAUUAAACCUCGAUGACGCCUUAAAGAACCCCACUGAAGGAGGACAAGAAGUUGUUAGUGCUCUGGAAAGCGUUGGAUUCUUAGGGAUUGUUAAUAUUCGUAAUUUUGAGGUGGAGAAAUUAAAACACUGCUGCCAAUGGUUUUUCAACCAACCCUGGGAAAUUAAAAAGGCUCUUUUGAAAAGGUCUUUUAACAGAGAGAAUAGCAAUGUGUAUCGUGGAUACUUCCCAGUGGUGGAGAAUUCACCGAGCAGGAAGGAGGGGUUUGAGAUUGCUGCAGACGUGUCGCCAGACGACACUGACGUCAUUAGCGGAAACUGGUUUUACGAAAAGUCAAUAUGGCCGCCAGAAAAUGGAGACUUUGACUUUAAGGCAACGAUGAUAGACAUGUAUAGGAUUUUACAUCAGGUUGCCAUGGAUAUUCUUAAGCUUGCAUCUUUUGGAUUAGGAUUUAAAGAAAAUGUAUUUGAAUAUUUGUUUAAGGACAAACCAUGUACAACUUUUCGAUUGCUGCAUUAUCCACCGUGGAACGGAAAACCCCCUGAAAACGCCAUCUUAGAGGACGGUAAAGUCGUCACCACCCCAGUACAUACAGACUCGUGUUUCUUGACCCUUUUGACAACUUUCCAUUUUCAUGGACUAGAGGUAAUGACCCCAGAAAGAAAAUGGCUGCCUGUCCGUCCAAUUGCCAAUGGCCUUGUUAUGAAUGUAGGCGACCUUUUUAAUAGAAUGGUUGGAGGUCGUUUUGUAGCAACACAGCACAGAGUCCUUGACAUUGGUGUUGAUAGAUUCGCUGUACCGUUUUUCCUAGAGCCUCGAUUUGAUGCCGAUAUUAACGUCAAUAUUGUAAACCAAUCUCAAGAAGGAAAAAAAUCGACCCCUGUUGUGAAAUACGGUCCUUGGGUCUUAAAACAAAUGGAAGAUAAAGGAUUCUUUGAAUUUAAAGACCUUCCAAAGUUUUAAUUUAUUAAAAUCUGUAAAUAUUGUUUUUAUAAACAAUUUAAAAGUUUAAGCAACACAUUGU